AUGGGUGAGAAUGACUAUGGCGAUAACGCUUUCGUCAACCGACAUGUCCCCGAGGAGGGAACCGCUCCUGCGACUGCUGGCCAUUCGGCUCAACCCGUACCCGCACCCACAAGCGGCUCGUUUUUCUCGUCCAAUGCGGUAGCGUUAUUGUCGUCGCAUCACGGUGACGUGUCUUCAGUAGCAUCAGCAGCAGCUUCCGGUCCAGGUCCAGUACGAACACAGAAGAAGAGAGCCCAGGUGUCCAAGGCCUGUCAACGAUGCAGAAGACUGCAAAAGGGGUGUAGCGAAUCGAGGCCAUGUCAGAGGUGCAUCGGUGUCGGAUUGGAGGAUCAAUGUCUCCGGAGCGAGAGGAUGAUUGGGUGUCAUCAAAGUGGAAGUCGACAACAUGGACAACACCACCAGACGCAGACACAUGUUCUGCUGCCCCGAGCUCAUGUCCAUGCCGGUGGACUGGCACCAGCUACAGCCACAGUCACAGCUUCAACAGGGACGACAACAACAACAACAACAACAACAACAACGACAUGGUCCUUCACCCAGCUCCCAGCCAGCCCUGAAAGUCUGGUCAACUACCCUCUCUCAGGCGGUGCAGCAUCAGCCAGCUCUCCUCACCAGGUUCAGCAACAUCAUCAUCAACAACAACAGCAGCAGCAGCAGCAGCACACAACCCCUCUUCCCAAGCCAGUACUCGACCACUGCAUCAACCGCUUCUUCUCCCGCCUCUACCCCACCAUUCCCAUCCUCACCCCUACCUACAUCAACCACCUCCUCCACAUCUCUUCCUCUCCCCAGCCCAGCCAACCCCUCGGUGACAAAGGCGCCGAAGCCCAGACCCUCCUCCUCUCUCUCUGCGCCCUGACCCUCCUCCAAAUCGAGCAGCCUUCCCAUUGUCUCUUCACCUCCAUCGGCAUCCCGCACUCCAACUCCGUCUACGGCCGAUUACUCUUUGAAGAAGCACAAGCCAGCCACCAUCGUCAACUUUUGGCUUCGGGCACAAAUACUGGUACAGGUACAGAAAGAAAACAGGGCGAAGAAGCAGAAGAGGAAGAUGGGGAAAGAGGGGGUGAGAUGACGCGGACGAGGAAAACCCUGGCGGAUCGGUUAUUUUGGGUGCUUUUGGUGAGCGAAAGGUCGCAUGGAAUUAGGUAUCGGAGGCCGAUAACGCUGCAGAUUACGCCCGCCACGCCAUCGCUACCUCUGGAUAUGGGCUGUGCCGAUCCGGAGUUGGCAGGGUUGAGUAGCUUGGUGGCGCUGUUCAGGCCGUUGGAUACGGGGUUCAUGGCGUUGUUGAAUCAGGAGGUGACAAUGACCUCGAGCGCAUUUGGGAGUCCGGCGAUGGUGGCGGGGCCGUUGGAUGUGGUGGAAAGAGCAAUUGCGGAGGCGGUGCCCGGUCCUAGUCCGGGUCCAGUUUCCCUCCCGUCCAUGUCGCCAGAUGGACACCUGAUGGAUUCAAUGUGUGUUUCUUCCCCUCCACCUCCACCACCACCACCACUUCCUCCCUUUCCUUCUCCUCCUCCUCCUCUUCCGAACACGACAAUCCAUUCCCUCGUUCCCACCAGCCACCUCCACACAACCCAAAUCGCCAACCUGAAAAUCACCCAACUCUGGCUGCGUGUGAUCCUCUGGCAAAUCCGCUUGCGCAUCGGGUUAUUGAUCCCUCCCCCUCCCCGUCCUCCUCUUCCUUCUUCUCCUUCCGAACCCUUGGUAACUUCCCAGCUCCCCAUUAAGGAAUCCUUAACCUACCACCACCCCCUCUCCAUCGCUCACCAGCUCGUCCAAGUCACCAAAUCUUUGCCCCUAGAAAGCAUCCGCGUGCAUGGCGUCGGGUUGACGGAGAAGGUCUUUGAUGUCGCUUGUGCCAUGGUGGAUGUACUUGCCAAGGUGCCUUUGGAGGAUCGGAGAAGGUUUUCUGGGUCGAUGGGGUCCUUGCUAGAGGUAAUGACAAGGGAACGGCAGGAGGAAGAGGAAAGGGAGGAUUUGGAGUGGAUCAGAGGGUUGAUUCAUCGGUUACCGGGUGGGAGCGCAAUUUAUGACGAUCUGUUGGGGAAACAUAUCGCUGGUGUGUUGCCGGAUUGGGGGUUGAGGGGUUUUUGA